AUGAUUGCUUUGUCUUUCUACUUAUUCUUUUUCGUUUUUUUUUUUUUUCUUUCCAUUUUCGUUUUUUCUUUCUUUCCUUUUUUCUUCUUCUUUCCUUUUUUCUUCUUCUUUCCUUUUUUCUUCUUCUUUCCUUUUUUCUUCUUCUUUCCUUUUUUCUUCUUCUUUCCUUUUUUCUUCUUCUUUCCUUUUUUCUUUUUCUUUUUCUUUUUUCCUUUCCCUUUCCUUUUUCUUUCCUUUUUCUUUCCUUUUCCUUUUUCUUUCCUUUUCCUUUUUCUUUCCUUUUUCUUUUUCUUUCCUUUUCCUUUUUUUCCUUUUCCUUUUCUUUUUCUUUUUCUUUUUUUCUUUUUCCUUUUUUUUCCUUUUCCUUUUCCUUUUCCUUUUCUUUUUCUUUUUCUUUUUCUUUCCUUUUCCUUUUUUCUUUUUUUCUUUUCCUUUUCCUUUUUCUUUCCUUUUUCCUUUUUCUUUCCUUUUUCCUUUUUCUUUCCUUUUUCCUUUUUCUUUCCUUUUUCCUUUUUCUUUUUUUCUUUCUUUCUCUGCUUUUCCUCUUUCUUUCCUUUCCGUUUCACCUCCUCUCUAUCUGAAAUGCUCUUUCUCCUAGUGGGUUUCCACCUCUCUCUUUCUCUCUCUCUGCUCUUCUUUCUUUUCUUUUUCUUUCUUAAUCCUUUCUUUAUUAUCAACAUCAUUAUUCUAUCACACCAUUAUAUAUUUUUUAUAUUCUUCCUUUGCCUUUUUUCCUCUGCCUUUGCCCUUUUCACCCUCAUCCUUUGCCCUUUUCACCCUCGUCCUUUGCCUUUUUCACCCUCGUCCUUUGCCUUUUUUCCUCUGUCUUCUCUUUUUUCACCUUCUUUCUUUGCCUUUUAUCCUUUGCUUUCUCUUUUUUUUACCUUCCUCCUUUGCCUUCUCCUCCUAUCACUCUUUUCCUCUGCCUUUCAUCUUAUACUUUCUCCUCUUUUCACCCUGCUUUUUGCCCUCUGCUUUCUCCAUUUUUUUUUUUUUUCAACCUCUUCCUUUACCUUAUCAUUUUUUUGUCCCCUGCUUCCUUCUUUUUCAUCCUCUGCUUCCUCCUUCCUUCCCUUUUUUUCUGUCUUCUCUUCCUCACUCAUAUGCAAAUUCUUCAUCUUUUUUCAUCCUUGUUUUACUAUCAUCCACUUCUAUCUUUUUAUACUCUCCACUCAUUUUAGUCCUCUUGCUCACAUUGCUAUCUUGUUCAUUCUCCUCUCACCCUUAUCUUUCAUGUCUUUGUCCUUCUUCCACUUUCUCCCCUUGACAUUAUUUUCUUUUCUCUUUUCUUAUUUUCAUAUAAAGAAUUGGUGUAUGCAUUUGAAGAGGUUGUAA